AUGAGACCAUCCCGUCUGGAACGACAUUUGUCAACAAAACACAGUGCUUUAAAAGACAAGCCGAAGGAGUUCUUUGCUUCAAAAUCUGCAAGUUUGAAGCGCAUGAAAUUGGAUAGUACUGGAUCCUUCGCUCAGUCAUCUAAGAAAGUGCUCGAAGCUUCAUAUGAAUUGUCACUAAUUAUUGCAAAAGCCAAAAAAAGCCAUACUAUCGGUGAAACUCUCCUCAAACCCUGCUUAUUGAAAACAGCUGAUAUCGUUCUUGGACCAGAAAGUAAACAAAAAUUUUCACAAAUACCUCUUUCUGAUAACAGUGUGAAACGUCGCAUUGAUGAUAUGGCUGAAGAUAUAAAAAAUCAGGUAGUGGAAGCC